CAAUACGCACUUGUAGCAAACUCAACACCAAUGAACGCGGUUCCGGUAACUUUUAAACCACAAUCUUACAAAACCAAUUAAAUAACAAUAAUUUAAAAAAAAACCUAAAAUUAUUCUACAAGAAUAUUAAACUAAACAGCAAAAAUAAAGCUGGAAAUUUAGAAGGAAAUAGUAAAAUAAAAGCAAAAUGUUGGAUCGAUGUGAAAUGCCGGUUCAGAUCGACAACGACAAAUGUCGUCGCGAUCGUGAUACCCGUCUCUCAAAUCCACGCCUUGACUUACCGCCACUCUGCAAUGUUGGCAGUACACGAGGCUCUUCACGCAAUCAUCAUCAUUCGAUUGGCCAUCAUCAUGCAACAUCACUGCAACAGCAGCAGCUGCAGCAGCAACAACAACAAACCACCAACACAAAUCUACACAAUCGCAGUCCAUCGAAUGGCAAUAAUAUCAAUAGCAUCAUUAAUAAUAAUAACAACAUCAACAAUAAUUUGGGAUCGCCCGUAUCCUCCAAUACAGUGUCCUCGCAUGGCAAUUCGUCGAGUGGUGAGAGAGGCUCAUCGACCAAGUCUAACAGCAGUACGGGUAGUGGCAAUUCAGGCAGAGAUGAAAUGAAAUGUAUAACACCAAUGACGCCAUCAGAGCUGGUUAAAAAAUACAGCAAUUAUUUGACUGACAUGGAAUUUGAGGAACUUAGAGUGUAUAAGGAAAUCUGGUAUUUUGGACAAAAUGCCAAUAAGAAUUAUUCCAACAAAGUGUCUGCAUCCACCACCAAUUCGGGCUAUGACGAUGAGAAUGGAAAUUAUAAAAUUAUUGAACAUGAUCAUAUUGCUUUCCGUUAUGAAAUUCUGGAAAUCAUUGGCAAGGGCAGCUUUGGCCAAGUUAUACGCGCUGUGGAUCAUAAGACGAAUACCCAUGUGGCUAUUAAAAUCAUACGCAAUAAGAAACGUUUCUUAAAUCAGGCUGUCGUUGAAUUGAAUAUAUUGGAUGAGCUGCGCGAAAAGGAUGCCGAUGGAUCUCAUAAUGUUAUACAUAUGUUGGAUUAUAUGUAUUUUAGGAAACAUUUGUGCAUUACAUUUGAAUUGAUGAGUCUUAAUUUAUAUGAAUUGAUUAAAAAGAACAAUUACAAUGGUUUUAGUAUGAGUCUAAUACGUCGUUUUUGUAAUUCUAUAGUGAAAUGUCUACGUUUAUUAUACAAAGAGAAUAUCAUACACUGUGAUCUCAAGCCAGAAAAUAUUUUAUUAAAACAACGUGGCAGUAGUUCCAUUAAGGUCAUUGAUUUUGGCAGCUCAUGUUAUGUCAAUCGCAAAAUCUAUACUUAUAUACAAUCGAGAUUUUAUCGUUCGCCGGAGGUUAUAUUGGGUCUGCAGUAUGGUACCGCCAUCGAUAUGUGGAGUUUAGGUUGUAUUUUAGCUGAACUCUAUACGGGCUUCCCUUUGUUCCCCGGCGAAAACGAAGUCGAGCAAUUAGCCUGUAUUAUGGAAAUUUUAGGACUGCCACCAAAAGAUCUCAUUGCCACAGCUACCAGACGUCGUUUAUUUUUCGAUUCUCGUGGAGCACCCCGCUGCAUAACCAACUCAAAGGGACGCAAACGUGCACCCGGCACCAAAACCCUCUCACAAGUUCUCAUCUGUCAUGAUCGUUAUUUCAUUAACUUCCUACAGCGCUGUCUCGAAUGGGAUCCCGCGGAGCGUAUGACCCCCGACGAGGCAGCCCAUCAUGAAUUCCUACAGCCGUCUUCCUCCUCCAGACACAGAUCAUGCCGCAUGUCUACAUCCUCGUCGACUGGCGGCCUCAAUAACUCAUCCUCGCAGAAAUCAUCAUGUUACAGUUUUGCCGAUAUCUCGCCCUCGGCCACAAAUGGGGGGCCUGUAGUGGCCUCCAUUACCAGCACAACGACAGUAAGCAAUGCUGCCAUAACCACCACAACCAAUAAAUCCACACGCUCCAAUAAUAAUCACAAUCACUUGAGCUCAUCCAUCACCAAUGGUGGUAGUGGUGGUGUAAAUGGCAAUGGCCAUCAUCAUGCCUCCUCGUCACUACAUCAAACUACACACGCUCAAUCGUCGGGUCAUUUGCCGGACAUUAAAUUAAGUGCUGGCGAUAAAUACAAUAGCAUGCAAAAAAUGGCUGUUCGUUCAAAAAUCACUUCCUCAGUGUCCGAUCUCGAAUCUGUGCAACAAUAUUCUCUACAUCGCAUGUACGGUACCGCUGGCGGUUCGAAUGGCACCCUGGUGGGCGGCCACACCAACUCACAAAUGACACAGUCAGCCUCGCGUAAACAUCUCAUCACCGGCACUUUGGGAUCUACGGCCUCGGCUAAAUAUGGCGGCAUUGCCACUUUGGGGCACACCCAUCACAAUGGCAACCAGCAUAAUGUCUCACAAUUGAACACCAAUCAUCACAAUACCACUGCAUCCAGCAACAAUAUCAACAUGUCACAUUCUCAGUCGACGGGCGAUGUCUCGGCCAUCUUUGGGCGUGCUUGACUUCGUGCCCGUCCCACAAAACUAGAGCUCAAAAAAUGUAAACUAGUCAAUAUGGUGGACUUUUGGAGCUAGAAGUGGAAGCAAUUGGGUUCGCAAGAAACUACAAUACACGAAACAUAAUGACCAGAAAAGAGCAUAAUAAGGAGUAGGAAGCGAAAAGUUUCAGAGAGAUGAAUUGAAUAGGGAAGCCGUAUCAAGUGGAUAAAAAUAAAUAAUAAAGCUGUGUUUCUUUUUUUUUAAAUUAAAAUUAUAUUAACUUUAGUUUUAAGCGGUUGAUAAUUAACAACCAGAAAAACCCCCAACCCCCUUACCCCCUUAGAAAGUAAGCAAGUGAUCAAUAUGAACAAUUUAUAAAUUAAAAAAUAUAACUAUGUAUUAGAUUAGACAGAUACAUAUUUUCAACAACAAAAUAUUAAAUAAAAAAUUGGUGUAAUUAAUAUAAGAACAUACAAUAACAAACAAAAUUCACCACAGUUUAAAGAGAAAAAUACAAAACACAAAACAUUAAAAUAAAUAAAUAAAAAUAUUUAAAGAAAUAGUUAAAAUAAGUUGUAAAACGAAUUGCUCAAUAUAUAAAGAAACGAAGCGGUUUUAAAUGAAGAAAAAUCAUUAAUUAUAUUAUUAAAAUAUAUAUAUAGAAUUAUUGCAUAUAAUAGUAACUCACCAUGAGGUGAAUUCUGAAAAUCAAAUUAAUUAUGUUUUAUACCAUUAAAUGAAGGAUUUAAAAUUAUCUUUAUUCAUAAACCAUCAUGUUUAAUAAAAAAGAUUUUGUUUAAAUAAA